AUGCCUACGCGCCGGGUCCUGGUCUUCGGCGGCUUCGAUGGGACGGCGGAUCACCUCAGCACUGAGAUCCUCGAUACUGCCAGCAUGACCUUCUCCUCCGGGCCCACCAUGGGCGUGGGCCGUUCCGGUUGUGCGGUCGCGGCGCUGGACGAGCGGCGCGUGCUGGUGGCUGGAGGCUUUGAUGGUUGCAGGAGAGUGGGCUUUCUGGUUGAGCCCAGACAGUGGAUCAUAGUGGGUGUGUUGUUUGAUGCUUUGCACAUUCGCUUCCCCCAGAGUUUGGAUUCCACUGAACUCGUGGACCCUGUGACGCUCAAGGUGGUCUUGGGCCCGAAGAUGGGUACCCGACGCAACGCCUGCGCGGCGGUGCGCUUGGAUGCCCAGAGGCUGCUGAUCAUCGGCGGCUCGGACGAUGCCAGCGAGUUGGACUCCACCGAGGUCCUCGACUUGGAGAGGAUGGUCUUCUCCCCGGGACCUCGCAUGGGCACGCGGCGAAACGCUUGCGCGGCGUCGUUGAUUGACCAUCAUCGUCUCUUGGUCAUUGGCGGUUCAGAUGGCUGUAGCGAUUUAGAAAGCACGGAGCUCUUGGAUUUGACGACCAUGAGCUUUUCCGCGGGCCCCCGCAUGUCCACGCGUCGCAACUUUUGCGCCACUGCCCUACUGCAGCCUUCGGGGUCUAAAGGACUCCUGCUGGUCUUGGGGGGCUCCGAUGGAUCCAACAGCCUCGAUAGCACUGAGGUCCUGGACGUGCCACUGGGUCUGCGAGAGCCACCUGCUUUACAAGCUGACCCUCCCUCCGACCUCCGAUGUGCGAAGGAUAGGUCGAAGAUGACUUUUAGUCCAGGCCCUCAGAUGAGCGCCUGGCGCAGCGGUUGCACCUGCGCGCCCUUGGGCCCUCAGCAGUUGCUGGUGGUCGGUGGCUUUGAUGGAUCCAAUCACUUGGAUAGCACGGAGUUCCUUGGUGCUCAAAACCUUGGAGGUGCGAGUCCAAACCCAAAGGAUGGCCUAAUUCGGGAAUUAGAGGUGAACUGCCGAUGUAAUGCCGAAGAAGUGGAUGAAAAAGAGGAGCCUGCGAAAGGUGCCAACAAGAAGACCCUCCUGGCGCCCACCGACGAAGCCUUCAUGGCUUUAGGCACCGGCGUGGCCGCCAGCUUAUUGCACCUCGGCUCCAAUACAACCAGCUUGGCUUUGGUGGAGCUUCAUAUCUUUGAGGGUGCUCGGACUAGUGAGAACCUGGUGGCCCGAACCAACAUCGUGUCACAGCAAGGUGGAGCCGUCAACGUGGGGUCUCUACAUCCGUUGACCUUCAACGAGGCGGUGGCCAGUGUCCAGGAUGUGCCGUGCACGAAUGGUAUCUUGCACGUGCUGGACCAUGUGGUGAAGCCCAAACGAUGGCGCUUUCCGGAGAGGAACUUCAUGCAAUUUGCGAACAAGGAGCUGAAGUUUGCCCGAGCUGUAGAGAGGGACUUGAGCGAAUUCGUUCGCUUGGUCUCCUUCAGCGGCUUGCUCACAGAGUUCCAGGGCGACGGGCCCUUCACCGCGAUGAUCCCGAACGACUACGCCUUUGCACUCCUAGGAGAUUCGGUCAACAAUCUCUUCUUGCCAGAGAACUCCGAGAAGCUCAAGGAGUUCCUGCGAUACCACGUGGUGGUGGGGAAAUUCCUCAGCAUCCAACUCACCAGUCCUCAGGACCUGAACACCUUGCAAGGCGGUGUUGUGAGCGCUGUACCCUGGACGCAGCUGGGAUGGACCGGCAUCGCCUACCAGUCAGCUGCCCCGCCUGUGGUGAUCAACGAGCGGGCACAGGUGGUGACGCCGGACAUCUUAGCAACCAAUGGUGUGGUGCACAUCAUCGACCAUGUGUGUCUUGGCAACGAAUCCACCGCCUUCCUGCGCCAUCCACAUGCCGUUCUGUUAAGGUGCGAAAAGGUGUCACGGAUGUCUGUGAAGUUCUUCUAA